CAAACUCACACGUUUUCGAGCCAAAGCUUCCGUCUUUUUGCGCUCGGUCUGUGUUUGUGUGUUUUCAUUCUUCGAUUUUUCUAAAUUCUUUGGCCAAAAUUAAACAAAAGAAUUAAAAAAAAAUGCAAAUUUUUAUCCGUCAUCAAGGUACCCAUGUGGUAGAAUGUUCUAAUGAUGAUCUGGUAUUCGGAUUGAAACAAAAAAUCGAACAACUUCAUCAUAUUCCAUGUGAAGAACAAAUCCUCUAUCAUAAUGGACAUGCAUUAGAUGAUGAUGAACGUAUUGUUGAUUUUUUAACAAAUGGUUCAAAUAUUGAAUUAAAUCUGCGAUUAUUGGGUGGUAAAGUACAUGGUUCAUUAGCACGUGCCGGUAAAGUACGUGCACAAACACCUAAAGUUGACAAACAAGAAAAGAAAAAGAAACCAACUGGUCGUGCUAAACGUCGUCUUCAAUAUAAUCGACGUUUUGUUAAUGCUGUUCGUGCACCAGGACGUAAACGUGGACCUAAUGCUAAUGCUUAAAUGUUCUUAAAUUUGUCUGAAAUGAUGAUUUGAAUAAAAACGCUUUUUUUAUUUUAAAAUCC